AUGCGUACACUGCUGUUCGUUUUUGUGGCGGCCAUUUUGUGCAGCGCGUGGGCAAAGACUAAAAGAGAUGACAACAAGGUGAAGAUCGCAGUAUACUACGAGUCUCUGUGCCCUGACAGCAAGCGCUUCAUCACUACGCAGUUGGCGCCCGUGUGGCGCGACCUCCGAGGAGCCGUGAAAGUCAAGCUCGUCCCGUAUGGAAAAGCCACCCACGACAAAAUAAACGGCAAGUGGCAGUUAACAUGCCAGCAUGGCGCGGAUGAAUGCUACGGGAAUAAGCUUCAAUCUUGUAUCCUGAAGGACCGCAGCCUCCUCGACACGGAUAAGAUGGAACUGGUCAUUUGCCUUAUGAGCCAAGCCAACCCUGAUAAAGCUCUGGACACGUGCUUAGAGCAAGUUAAAAAACUGUCCAACUCGGACAAAAUAAAACGUUGCGCGUCCGGUGAGAUGGGCGACAACCUGCUGGCGUCUUACGGAGGCAAGACCGAGCUCAUCCAGCGCCCUCUGUCCUUCGUGCCGACCAUCGUCAUCAACGAGAAAUAUGAUCAAGCCGUUCAAGACGAAGCCAUGAACAACCUUAAAGCGGUGGUCUGCCGCGUCUCGAUCAACAAGCCGUCUUCUUGUUAA